UGUUAGCAACAGACACAACUCGAGAGAUAGCUGUAAACCCGUUUUCAUAGAGUCGUUAUACACAUAUUUGUUAUUAGGGUUACAUAUCAAAGUGACAAGAGGCGAAACAUACGUGUUAACCCCUUAACAGUGAUUGACGCCUGUUGUCUUUUUAAAAAAAAAAAAAAAAAAACAUUUAUAAUUUUGUCCUGUUUUAUUAGGAAUUGUACAUAGAGCUAAUUUAGCUAGCGACUGUUAGCUGGAUACGUUCAUAGCGUAGCCUCUGCUUCUGAAAACACGCUGACAUUAGCUUCUUAGCUCGGACUGCUAACAUCAGCAAGCUGCCACACAACCGUUUGCGGAACGAAGCUGGUCGAUUUGAAGCGCCGUUGUUUAUGGGAUCACCAUGUCAAUGAAGGCCGGUGGAAAUCGCAGCAAGCCCGGCGGCGGCAGUGUUGGUGGUGCCGCCGCCUCAGGUGCCGGAGGAAGCGGCGGGGGAAGACAGAACCUGGGCAGAGGACGGCACAGUGGUAAAGGUCCUGCAGCAGUAAUUUUCAAUGGUGUUUAUGCCAAUAUGAGGAUGGUCCAUGUCUUGACUUCAGUGGUGGGGACCAAGUGUGAGCUGAAAGUAAAGGACGGAGCAGUCUAUGAAGGAGUAUUUAAGACAUACGGUCCAGAGGUAACAGCAUUCAAAAAGUGUGACCUGGUAUUGGAUGCAGCGCACCGAAAGAGCCUGGACCCAAGUAUAGGCCCUAGGAAAGAGGAUAUUGUGGAAACCAUCAUUUUCAAGGCCUCAGAUGUUGUAGUCGUGACCUUCAAAGAUGUGGACUUCAAUUUUGCCAGGAAAGUUUCCUCUGACACAGACAACUUUACAGAUGCAGCAGUUAGUGGUCGGAUAAAUGGUGAGCAUAAAGACAAAGAUCUAGAGCCCUGGGAUGGAGGAGACACCCAUAACUCUGAUAGUCUUGAGUCUCUAGAUACUGAUGUGUCAAAUGGAUGGGACCCCAAUGACAUGUUCAAGUACAAUGAGGAAAAGUAUGGAGUCUUAUCUACAUAUGACAGCAGUCUGUCCACAUAUACGGUCCCCUUGGAACGAGACAACUCAGAGGAGUUCCUCAAGAGGGAAGCCCGUGCAGCUCAGCUUGCAGAGGAAAUUGAGGCCAGUGCCACUUAUAAGGCACGUGUAGCUCUGGAAAAUGAUGACCGCUCUGAGGAGGAGAAAUACACCGCUGUGGUGCGAGGAGAAAGAGACACCCACGCACUAAGCAGGGACAACAAGUACAUUCCCCCAUGUCAGAGAAACAGGGAGGCACUGUGGGGGCCAGGACGUCAGAAUUCACCUCGUCUUGCUCAGAGCGCAGUUGGACAUUCAACGAACCGGUCAGGACCUCAUGAUUACAGCCCCAGCUCUGGGGCUGAUCAGAGGGUUGUAAAUGGAGGUUCGUCCCAUUGGCCCUCACCUUGUCCGUCUCCUUCUUCGCGUCCCCUCUCUCGUUACCAGUCUGGCCCCUCCACCCUACCGCCUCGGGCGACCACGCCCACCAGACCACCUUCCAGACCUCCCUCUCGUCCUUCCAGGCCCCUCUCUCAUUCGUCACACUCCUCUUAUCCCUCCCCCUCAUCUCUUUUUCCCCACCAUGGGCUCAACUCGUCCACCUGCACUGUGCCCAAACGCAUGUCUUCAGAAGGUCCACCACGGAUGUCUCCAAAAUCUCAGCGGACACCCCGUUCUCAUAGAGUGCCCCCAUGCAGGACCACUACGGUGCCCCCAGGAGUGGACUUAAUUUCUCAGAAUACUGCAGGAGAUCUUCCAGUAAAUCCACCAACAAGGAACAACUCCUCUGGAGGAACUUGGUCCUCUGUUGUCAGUGGAGCACACAGACCUCGCUCCCCACGACAGAGUAGCACGGGUGGAGCAUCAUCUGGCUCUUCCUCCCUCCCAUCGGCACAAAUGGGAACAGCUCCUGUGGACCCUGGGACACCAUCUUCAGUUUCUCCCUCCGCUGCUAGCCCUGUUCCUAAUAUGGUCCCCUCUCCAUCAGGAGAAGUGAAAGAUUAUCAUGUCCAAGACACAAGACAGACAUCCCCGAUAACCAACAAGGAGAAUGUCAAACCUGUGGACAGCACCCCAAAUAUAAUUAGACAACCUUGUAAAGGACCUUCUUCCAUGGCACCAGACCACAGAAAACAAAUAGACAAUUUAAAGAAAUUUAGUGUAGAUUUUAGGUUGCAGUCCAGUUCAAACCCAGAUCCUGCCUUUGACCUGAUGAUGACCAAACCUCCCAGAGAUCCUGCAGACAAGCUUAAAGACCUUCCCCUGGUUAAAGCUUCCACCGGGGUCACUGAAGAGGGUGUGGUGGUUAUAACUGCUGGCACCCCUGGGGGUCCACUGGCUCAUUCCAACACCACAAACAACAGUAAACCUGGCAGCCCGGCCACAUUGUCCCCAUCUCCUUCAGUCCCAGACCAGAAGAGGGCUGGCCUGGAUGUGACAUCACAGUCGGUUCAGACAACAGCCACGUCUACAUUAAGCGGGCCAAAGCAUGAGGAGAAGGAGGAAAAAAAGGAGGCAGUACAAGAUCAAGUAAGAAAAUCAACGCUAAACCCAAAUGCCAAUGAGUUCAAACCCAGGUUCAAUACGCAGCCAAAACCAGCCAAUGCCCCUACGCCCCCUCGGCCCCAGGGCCAGCCCAGCCCCUCUAUUGUAGUCCAGCAGCCUCCUGCUGUCUAUGGCCAACCAGUCUGCUUCCCACAGAUGUAUCCCCUCACACCAGUCAGUCCUGGAGUGCAGAAAAGCAUAAUAUGGAAGUCUCCAGCAGCUAUGUACCAGGUUCAGGUGCCCCAUAUGACGGUCAGCCAGUCUAAACCCUACAGAUCAGGUAAAGUUCCUAACAUGGCCCAACAGAGGUCAGACCAGCACCAUCCACCAGGCACGCCCACCAUGAUGCACCCAGCAACAGCAGCAGGCCCACCCAUUGUAGCACCAAGUCCCGCCUACUCCACCCAGUACUUUACCUGCAGCCCGCAGCAGUUCACCAGUCAGCCUCUGGUCCAGCAGAUGCCACAUUAUCAGUCGCAGGCACAGCAUGUUUUCAGUCCAGUAAUGCAGGGCAGUGCCAGGAUGAUGGCGCCUCCUACACACGGCCAACCCAGCCUGGUCUCCUCCUCCACUACACAGUACCAAGAGCAGACACACACUAUGUAUGUGCCAUAUCGUGUCUUUACCACAGUGUCUCCAGGCCCAAUGCCUCAGCAGUAUCCCCACCCUAGUGCCACCUUGCACCCUCACCCCCAGCACCCACAGCCCUCUGCCACACCUACGGGUCAGGGCCAGCAGGCUGGACCCCCGCAGCACGGAGGUCCUCCGAGCCACCCGGCUACCAGCCCUGUCCAGCAUCCACAGGCAGCAGUGGCGGCCGCAGCAGCCCAAGCCCUCCACCUGGCCAACCAGCCGCCGCAGCAGCAGAUGUACUCGGCCUUGGCCCCCACGCCCCCCUCCAUGACUCCAGGGCCGAACCCCCAGUCUCCCCAGGCAUCAUUCCCAUCUGCACAGCAGACCGUCUACAUCCACCCGCAGCAGGUGCAGCACAGCUACAACCCCAACCACAUGGCACACGUGCAGCAGGCCCACAUGCAGUCUGGCAUCGUGCCGUCACACCACCCUGCGCCUUCCCAUCCCCCGAUGAUGCUGAUGGCUACACAGGGGCCUCCAGGAGGUCCACAGCCACCCUUGCCCCAGACGGCCCUCAACCCCAUCCCAGUGUCCUCCACAACACAUUUCUCCUACCUGGCACAUCCACAGGUGCAACCUCAUCAUCAGCAGCAGCUGUAGAAAGAGGGCGCCAUUGAGCUGAGGGCGCCACUCUGCAUCACCCUUAUGACCCAGAGUCUUGAGGAGCAGGUGGUGAAGAGAGCGAGAGCCUCCCUCUCUCCUCAUCCACACCGGACACGCUUCACAUCCGCUUUUCUUGCCCCCGCUC